CUGCACUUUAAAAAAUUAAAAAUAAAAAAUAAUGACCGGCCCUCUUGGAUUUAAAAAAAAACAUACCCCACACAUAUUUUUUUGCUUUCUUUCCUUGUAUUAUUUUUUAUUAUUAUUAUUAAAAUGCAAACUGCAUUACGUUCAACACCCAUGACUUUGCGUCACUUGAGCCGAUCGGCUCUUAAUCUCGGUCGUCAUGCUACCAGACAACUUUCCGUCCAGGCACCUUGUGCUUUAAAUAUGGUUGCUAACAAGCAAUUCAAAUCUAACCAAUGGAUGCAAACACGAUUCUACGCUGACAAGAUCGUCCAAGUACCUCAAAUGGCUGAAUCCAUCUCUGAAGGAACAUUGAAACAAUGGGUUAAAAACGUGGGCGAUUACGUGAAACAAGAUGAUGAGGUAGCCACAAUUGAAACUGAUAAGAUUGAUGUCACUGUCAAUUCUCCUGCAUCAGGUACCAUUGUCGAAAUCUACGCCCAAGAAGAAGACAAUGUCUCUGUCGGUGCUGAUUUCUUCAAGUUGGAACUCGGUGAACCUAAAGAAGGUUCCGCUCCUGCUCCCAAGAAGGAAGAAGCUAAGCCUGUUGAGGAAGAGAAAAAGGAAGAAAAGGUUGAGGAAAAGAAGGUAGAGAAGAAGGAAGAGAAGGCUGCCCCCAAGCCCGCCGCCGCUGCUCCUGCUCCUGCUGCUGCUGCCGCCCCCAAGGCUUCUCAAGCACCUGUUGCCGAAGAGGUUGCCUUUGGUAAGCGUACCGAAAGUCGCGUCAAGAUGAACCGUAUGCGUCUUCGUAUUGCUGAACGUCUUAAGCAAUCUCAAGAUACUGCUGCCUCUUUAACCACUUUCAAUGAAGUCGAUAUGACCAACUUGAUGGCCCUUCGUUCUGAAUACAAGGAUGCUGUCAUCAAGAAGCACAAUGUCAAGUUUGGCUUCAUGUCUGCCUUUGUCAAGGCCUCUGCUUGUGCUUUGACCGAGUUCCCCGCUGUCAAUGCCUCCAUUGAUGGUGCUGAGAUUGUCUAUCAUGACUUUGUCGAUUUAAGUGUCGCUGUUUCCACCCCCAAGGGUUUGGUUACUCCCGUCCUUCGUAAUGUCGAAGAUAUGGGUUUAUUAAAGAUUGAGCAAAGUGUUGCUGCUCUUGGUAAAAAGGCUCGUGAUAACAAGAUCACUAUUGAGGAUAUGGCUGGUGGUACUUUCACCAUUUCCAACGGUGGUGUGUUUGGCUCUUUAAUGGGUACACCCAUCAUUAACUUGCCUCAAACUGCUAUUCUCGGUAUGCACGGUAUUAAGGAAAGAGUGGUUGCUGUGAACGGCAAGGUUGAAAUCCGUCCCAUGAUGUACAUUGCUUUGACCUAUGAUCAUCGUUUAGUGGAUGGUCGUGAGGCUGUUCAAUUCUUGGUUAGAAUUAAGGAAUUGGUUGAAGAUCCCAGAAGAUUACUUCUUGAUGUAUAGAAAAAAACAAAAAAAAAAGUUAAAAUAAAAAGGAAUCUCUUUGUGUGUGUUUUUUUUAUUUA